GAUUUCAUUCACAACAAGCGAGUGCUAGCGGUCACAGACGUACCCGGCGGUGUACAUUACACACAGUUGUUUCUGACAUUGUCGUUAAACACACCGUCAGCUUCAGUGGAGCUGGUUUAUUUCUGGCCGUAGCGCUGCUUUAGUUUCGUGCGUGUUGUUUUGAAAAAAUGACAGAGAGAGCAGACUUGUGAUGGAAAAGUUAGCCCGAACUCUCUCACGACAAACUAACGGUCGGUUAGCAAACGUUACACGAGCGUAACGUUUAAAACCGGAGGCGACUCGUCGGUUUGUGUGGUCUUUAAUGUGUCCUGACUUGUCACACGACUUCAGUGUGCGUGAAACAUCACUUGGAAGUUUAUGUGAAUUUCUGCUCUUGCCCCAUAGCCUGUAAUAAAAGUCAAACAAAGAUGAAGUCUGACCUUAAGCUGCUGCUGUGUGUAUGAUCCUCUCUCUGGUCCAUGGCAAGCUCUUACCUGUUUUGCCUGCAAGGACACAGUAUGCGCCCUGACCUGUCACUGGGAUCUUUCAGGGGGCUCAUACUUUUAUGAAUGCACUCCUGCACUGAAUAACCUCUGAGGAUUUCCUGCUGUAAAUGGGGUAGCCAUCCUCUGAUGUUGUUUGUGUGACAUGGAGCCAGACGGGGACCUGAACCCUGACACGGAUGACCUUCCACUCCGAGCCAAUACUAACCACAUACUUGUCAGACAUUAUGUGCUCGACUUGACUGUUCAUUUUGGCAGAAAGGUCAUCAGUGGUAGUGUCAUUCUGUUCCUGGAGCCUUGCUCUGGAGGUAAGGCUGAGGAUGAUGUUGGACCUGGAGCUGGGACUUUAGAAGCUGGACAGUCUCAGGAAAGGGCCAGAGGUACACUCGAGGAUAAGGAUAAAGUGGAGAAGGGUGCAAAAAGGCUCCCAACAAGGAUGGAGGAGAUGUUUGGAGCUGGAGAAAGACACAGAGCUGAAGUUGCAUCUGAAACUGGAAAUAUUCAGUCUUCGCAUUUGUGGGAAACCACCAGUGAGGAUGAUUUCACUUUGGUGCUGGACUGUUGUGAACUUGAUGUUUCAAAGGUCGAAGAGGUGGACGUCACCUCUGUGUCAGCCACGUCUGGCCUCUCACCAGAAAGGUCAGAGGCAGGUUCAGUGAACUUACAAGCAGCAUUUACUCAGAACCUUAUCUCUAUGGCCUCUAGUCGAUGGAGGCAGAAGCACCAGCUCUUUUCAUCGUGUAGUCAGGCCCCUGGUGCUCAAGAUGGCAGCUCACUGCAUUUUUAUAGAGACCGAUGGAGUUUGCAGGUGAGGAAGAAAGGGGUCGCGUCACCUCUGGAGUUUCCUCGCGUCCUCAGGAUCUGCUAUGAGACGAGGCCAACAGGAGGCUCUGUGAGAUGGACCAAAGACCAGGACAACAGGGUGUGUGUUUACACUGCCGGCUCUCCCAUCAACAAUCGAGCCCUCUUCCCCUGCCAGGAGCCGCCUGUUGCCAUGUCAACAUGGCAGGCGACAGUACGGGCCCCCAGUGAGUGUGUGGUUUUGAUGAGUGGGGAGGAGCAGGCUGUACCUUUUGAGGACGGGCACACACUAGCUUAUUUAAUGUGGAAUUACUACGUCACUAUGCCCAUGCCAGCCUCCACAUUCACCUUGGCAGUGGGCCACUGGCGCCAAGUGACAGCAGAAAUUCCCCCAGAACUGGAGGAAGGGGUGAGGGACAGGACGGAUCUUGGUAGGACAGCCAAACCUGGGGCUGGACCUGGGGAACGGACUGAGGCUGAGCUUGGACUUGGAAGCUCCACCGGGGACGUAGUAAAGGGCACUCCAUUCCAGACUGGCAGAGGAGACCAGACCACCCGCACAGACUCUGCAUUCUGUUACUCUUCCCUUGAGGACGAGGGGCUCUCUGUAACUGAUUAUUCAGGCAUGGUGGAUGACGGCAUCUCUUGUUCCCAUGGCGACUACCCUUGCCGAUUUACUGAGCGGUCGGCGAGGUCCCAGCGGGUGAUUCCACACCGUGUGUUUGGCCCCGUCUGCUUGCUGCACAAGGCCCAGACAGUCCUCAAGCUGCUGCCUCGAUGUUUGGCAGCAGCCCACACUGUUCUGGGCGUUCACCCCUUUUCCCGCCUUGAUGUUCUCAUCGUCCCAGCAGGGUUCUCCAGUCUGGGCAUGGCCAGCCCCCAUAUAAUUUUCCUGUCCCAGAGCGUGUUGUAUGCUGGGAGUUCUGGCCCUGGGGGGAACAGCCUGUCUCUAUGUGGGUCCAGGAUGUGCCAUGAGAUCGCCCACUCCUGGUUUGGCCUGGUUAUCGGAGCCAAAGACUGGACUGAGGAAUGGAUCAGCGAGGGUUUUGCCACCUACCUGGAGGACAUUAUCUGGGCCCAAGCACAACAACUCUCCUUGCAAGAGACAGCAGAACAGUCUGACCUGAAAGCACUGCUGAGGUGGAGACGACUCUCUGAUGAGCUGAAGAACUCGGAGGAGGUACUUCAAAUCCUCAGACCUAACAUGGAAAACACUGGUCAGGUCAGUGAGUCUGGCUCCUCCACGGUUAAACAUGCUCUCAACCCUGACAAAGCCUUCAUGCAGGUGCACUACCUCAAGGGUUACUUCCUCCUCAGGUUCCUGGCCAGUCAAGUGGGCGAGCAACAAUUUGUCGACUUCUUCAGAUUAUUUGUGAAGAAAUACCACGGACAGCUCAUUUUAUCUCAGGAUUUCCUCCGAUUGCUGCUGAUUACCUUUCCCGGCAUGGAGAGAAAAGGCCUCACCCUCAGUGCUAUUUAUGCUGACUGGCUCGAUCGACCGGGAAUUCCAGAGUGGCUGUAUGAAAGGAGCGCCGUGUGGUCACAGGCGAGGCUGGUGGAAGAAGUCAAAGCAGAGGUUGUAAAAUGGAUUCUCCUCAGUCAGAGUCAUCAGGGGAAGGGCAGAAAGCGGAAGAGAAUAGAGCCCAAGGUGAACUACAAAGAGGUGACAUCGGAGCAGCUCGUGAUGCUUUUGGAGCUUCUGCUCGAGGAAGAGGAGCUGAGCGUGUCAACGGUGCGCGCUCUGCAGAGAACCUACGACCUACAGAGUCAAGACGCCGAGGUGCGACAUCGCUGGUGUGAGCUGGUGGUCAAACAUGCAUACAGUCAGGCUUACGGAGACGUGGAACACUUUCUAGUUCAUGACCAAGCCAUGGGUGUGUAUCUGUAUGGGGAGCUGAUGGUUCAAGAGGAUCCUGAGCAGCAGGCUCUGGCCUGUCGCUGCCUCUCAUUGGUCCAGGAGGAAAUGGACCAAUCGGCACGCAGAGUGGUGGAGGAGAUGGUGCUGUGACGAUGGAGGCUGCUGACCAUAGAUGGAGACAACAGCAGUUUGGCACCUGGGGGCGUACGGAGGUCCAGCGCUCACCUCCUCUUCCUCUGUAGCAGCAGGGACGCUGCAGAAUCGCUCAGCAGUGUGAACACCAGAAGGCUGUGCUCUUACUCUACAGCCAAGGCCAGCUGGCAAGUUUUAGAGCACAGCAGUUCCGUUCAUUCAAGUCUAGAGAAACAGCUGAUGUGUGUGAACCAAUAAUGAUUCCAGCUGUUCCUAGUGAAAUGCAAUGUUGUUGUGAAAUGCAAUUAUUGUUGUGGUAAGAGAGAAAAAUGACAUGAUUUCACCCAUUGUAAAAGAGGUAUGUCACGGAGAGUGACAGUCACGUUUCAGAUCUGGAGCUGCUGUGUUUAAGUUAGUCUGCUGUACAUGUGUGGCUGCGGAGGUGUGAGUUCAUGUCUGUUUAGUCUGAAGCCACGAUAUGGUUCUUAAAAGUUUAGACUGGAAAUACCUUCAGGUCAUGUUUCAACACGUAACAAAUGACUUUAUUCUGGCCUGUCAACACUGGAAAAUAUACAACAGACAACUUUCAGAGCAACCUUGGUGAAUAAUGUUGUUUAUCUGUGUAAAAACUCUUUGAUAUGUUGACAUUAAAAUAAAAUGAUGUUUUCCUUACAUAAA